AUGGACUGGCUCCUGUUUCUUUUGUUUCCAGGACUACUGAUUUUGUACAAGUCUCAUACAAUGGGGGAACCCAGUUUUUGCACUUCCUGUGAUGAAUAUGUUGAUGAUACCUGCAGAAGAAACUUGGGAGUCUGCCAUCCCAGAUAUCCUGACUUUGCCUGCCAAACCAAAGAAGUAUAUAUUCAACUUAACACUGGAGAAUAUCUGUACAAAUAUUCUAUAUUGGGCUGCCCAAGAAGAUGUGUGGAAUACGUGCGCUUCAUCAAGUUUGAGAAAAACAUCUUCUCCUGCUGCAAUGAAAGCUACUGCAACAGUUUUCAAGCAAAACAUACUCACUUCAAAGAAAAUAAUUUUGUCUAA